CGCAAAAGCCGACAUAGAAUUUUAUAAAAUUAUUAGAUUUUAACGUAGAAUCACAAACCACUGUUUGAAUAUUUGAUAACGUUCACAAUGAUUCAGUUUGCAUCGUGUAUUUUCUUAACUGUUCAAGUAUUCGCUUUUGUUGAAGCUAUUCCACUAAUGGGUGACCGUGUUGUCGUAGCGGAGCCUAAUGAAUUCCCUUUCGUUGUAUCAUUUAGAGAGAAAUCUAUGUCUGGCCUUUUUCAACACUUUUGUACCGGAUCACUUAUUACGCGGAAACACGUCAUAUCAGCUGCAGAAUGUUUUGAAGGCAAAAUAUUAUCUGAAAUCAGGGUUGUCGUUGCCGGAAAAAAUUGGGCAAGCCAAGGUUAUCUUUAUGAUAUUUAUUCAUGGUUGACGUAUAACUCCUGGGCUCAAAAUAAUGGAAUACCUCUAACGUAUCUAGUGAACGAUGUGAUAAUCGUCAAGUUAUUAUCGACAAUCAGUGAAAAAACUACGAUGCCUGUCUCCCUCUCGCAUUUGGUUGACCAACAGCUAUAUCGAACGAAGGCAUUGAUAGUUGGCUGGAAUGUCACAAGUACUUUACCAGCCUCGUCUAUCUUACUCAAGGGCGAAGUAACAGUUUUAAGUCCUGAGCAGAGGAAACAUCAAUUCAAAUUGGUAACGAAUGAUAAAGUUACAAUCAACAACAAUUAUCUAGCUACAUUCGCCGAGUCAUAUAUACUCAUAAACAGUGGUGAUACCGGUGGACCGCUUUUGGAUAAAAACAAUCACCUUAUCGGAAUCACAGGUGAUAUAUGUCCGAAUAGAGCAUGGGGUAAUUUCUCUGACGAGUUUUUAAAUAACUAUAAAUUUAAUGUUCAUUUAAGUGUCAAUUACUAUAGAGAGUUUAUUCAAAAUGUAACAUGGUUUGCCGAUUAACAAUCAUGUACUAUUUGAAUAUUUCUUAUCAAUGCCUUAAAACUUUAAUUUAAAUAAUAUAUUGCAAAUAAACUAGAUUGUAAUAAAUAGGUGACUGCUUGGAGGUGGAUUUUAUUGCAACUUUUAUACUUCACUUUUUUUCUAGUUCAUAAUGACUUUUCUUAGACAAUUUUAUAAUUAUUACUUUCGUUCAACAUUUUUGCUGGACAGAUACAUAUACCAAUUAUAGAAAAUUAUUUUUUAAGUAAUAUAUGUACGUACUUUGUUGUUACGACUAUAAUUAGUGUCAUGCUAUAAUUUCGAAUAUCUAUAAUACUUAUAGAUAUUAUAUUAUAUUAUAUUAUAUUACUUAUAUCUUCCCACUCAAUAUU